GUGCCCCUUCAUUGGGAUGCCAGGGAUGUUCCGAGUCCCAUUCCAACGAGAAACGCUUUUCUUUCCACGACGUCGUGUUCGCUUUACGCGACGACCAGUGUUGCAUCGACACCGGCGAGUGUUAAAUAAUAGCGACGCAUAUUGGAUGAAGGAGCCCACUCACCGCUGUUGGUGAAGGCAGGGCUGCUGAUGUGAGAUGAGUGCGAUCCGAAUGUUGCCGGAGCCCCGGAGGACAGCGGUCCUGGGAGGCGAGCGCCGAGGAGCACCCGCAGAUGUGGCAGAGCUGAAGGCUCCCCUCCCCCGUCCCCGUCCCCGUCCCCGCCCGGCAGCCCCGGAGCCCGCAGUGGCCUCGUCCAGCGACGGCGUCCGGCCAGCGCAGCCACUCCACCUGUGACCGGCCAUCGGCAUCUCCGCUCUUCGCAGUGCGCCUCGGCGCCGGAAUACCACCGCACUUCGGAGGAGCAGGGCGGCGCAGCCACCGCAGCAUUGCCAAUAAAAUCUUAUCAAUAAUAACAAUAAUAAUAAUAACAAACAUUGAUUAAAAAAAUACACGUCGACGGCUGCUUGAAGUGACGUGAGGGUUAACGCUCAUCAUCGCCAACAAGACUCGCUCAUCGUGCUCGUCUGCGCAAUUAAUCCCCCCCAAAAAUAACGGUUUCAGAAGCGAACGCGCGGGGAAACCUUACGCUCCGACGACUGUUUUUGCCGCAAAUAUACAGAAAUAUUUUUUUCUUCGCAUAUCAUUGUUGUACCAGGCAAGAUUAUUCCCUCUUUUUGGCGGUUAGUUAAAUGGAUCCUAACGAGCAACUAAAGCACUGAAUGGAUUAAUUUUUUUUUUUUUCUUUAUUUUUUGUUUUGUGUACGAUCCAGAACUUCUUCGGGGGUCUUUUAACCAGCUCAACUUUUUUUUUUUUUUCUUUAAAUACGUACCUGGAAGGGGCUACUACCUCUUCCAGAGGACAGAAGGAAGCUGGUGGAUCAUCCGGCGGGACUGGGGAGGAUGCAAGCCGGGGUGAGAACGUUGUGUGCCGGCAGUGGUGCGUCCCUCUGCUGCCUGCUCUUACUGUGGCUCAUUUACUCCCACCUUCUGAAAGAAGGUCAGCUGGCCGUGGGCACGUGCGAGAUCGUAAUGCUGAACCGGGACAGCAGCCAGCCCCGGCGCACCAUUGCCCGGCAGACCGCUCGCUGUGCCUGCCGGAGGGGUCAGAUCGCCGGGACCACUCGCGCGCGGCCCGCCUGUGUCGACGCCCGCAUCGUGAAGAGCCGGCAGUGGUGCGAGAUGACGCCCUGCUCCGAGGGUGAGGUGUGCGGCCUGCUCUUCAACCGUUCCGGUUGGACCUGCACCAGGGGCGGCGGUCGGAUAAAGACGGUCACGCCUUUGCCCAAGGAGCCAUCUUAAGGGAUUCAGAGCACCGAGGGGAGGCCUAACGACAGCUGUAGAAAGAAAGGAUCAGAAUUCAUUCACCGGGAAAAGCGUCUUGUCUCCAUUCACCUGUCCCAGUUCUCAGACUCCACCUCGCCACCCGAAGAAGAGCCUCCAUCCAUCGCAGACCAACCAUUCAGCCCUGCUCACAAUUUUGCUCAUAGCUGCACCCGCCUGCUUAAUGAGGAAGGGGCUCCAGUGAAGGGUGAUGCACUGUAGCUCCUUACUGGCCCAGCAGGCUACUUCAUACAAAGAAUGUGGACAGACAGCUAUUCCCAUCUUCCUCUGUUUCUUCUAAGGAAAAGACCUUCAGAGGAGCAUCUUAUUUUCUCUUUUUGUGGUCCCAACACAUCGUGAACCCCUCCCAGCUUCCUUGCCAACUGACCUGCUCUCCAUUCUGAGAUAGUCUGGAAUAGAAAAGGAGUUAUGGCUGCGUGCACCCUGUGCAGGUCUCCCAUGAACAAUGCAAAUGGGGAGCCGGAGGAGACCUUCAGUGACAUCUCCCCUUACCUGGGGACGGGGGACACAGGGAUGCUACGGAAUGAGAACACUGCUGUGAGAGCACAUGUACCCUUUUAAAGGAGGGAAGCCUCGGACGAAUGGAUUUCCCUCCCUACUUCCAACUGUCGAUCCUUGCCUUCUGGGCCCUCUAAAGCUCAUCUUCACUUUUUAGUUUCGUCUAAUUUCUGUUCCACUGGUUCUGUGUUUUAUUGGUUCUGGAGUGGCAGAACUGAGGAUAGAGAAAGCUUGUCUGUGUGUGUGUGUGUG